GCCCGGGCAGCGAGACUUGGAGCAACGUGUCCCCACGGGUUGUAGGGAAGAGCUGGUCGCACACGGCUCAGCUAGCCUGGUUUUCCCAUCACCUUUUUGGGGGAGAAACCACUUAGAGAUGAAACCACAUCAAGAGCGAUGAGCGCAGAACCGCGCGGCCCAGGACGGCGUUGGGGGCUGCGGCGGGAUGGAGACGCUGCUGAGCUGGUACACGGAGAGGAUUUUGCGAAGGCUGGUGUUACGUCCCUGCCAUCGCUGGUGUUUCCCAUCGCAUCUUGUGGGUCACGCUAGGUUAAACCUUUCCAUGCCAUGGCUGUUUUUUGGUGAAGACUUCACAGAGGUCUGGGAGGAGCUUGCAUGGUUAUUUCUAGCUCCUGUUAUUGGUAUUAUAUUUGAGAGGCUGCUCUGGGGCCAGGACUGCGCUGUGGCAGACACAGGACUAGACGUGAUCAAAGGAUGAGCCUAGGAGAGGUCAUAGAGGGAGGGGAACACCAGAAACGUGGCGGCACUUUAUAUCCACUUUGCACUGUUGCAAACAACCACGGAAAAUGCAGGUCGAGCAAGAAUCGAGCUCUUUGAGUCCGGCUGUGUGCGUUCCCGUAGUGUGCUUGGCUCUCCUCGUUUUCAUUACGGUCUAGGAGACACCUCCGUAUGUCAAGGGGGUCAUUUCAUUGAAAACGUGCUCUGUAAGUAGUGCUGCCCUGGACUCUGAGCUAGAGGAAGGAGAGUAUCCAGCCUGGCAGUGCUCUCGCUGCGUGUUGCCCGCCCUGGCGAGCGGUGGAGCAGCGCGGCCGCCCCGCACGCGCUCCUGGCCCGUCCAGCUUGCUGCUCUCCGCGCCCCGGUGCAGGGCCCUGGCCAGGCUCUAAAUGGCGAAGGAGGGGAUGAAGCUUGGGGGGAGUUUUGCUGUUUUUGGCUGACUGUUUUGCUUUGCAGCUGACUAGACCUGCAAGGUCGGAGGCCCCUGGCAAAGACGGCGCGGGACCCCACGGGAGGGGAAAAGCCCAAGCUCCGCAGGAGGGGCCCAGCAUCGCUCCUCCCGGCCCAGCUGGCCCAGCUGGUGCCGCCCCUCCGACACCGCCCGGAAGGCCACCGCGGCCACCGCCACGCCGAGCGCGCCAGGAAAGCGACGGACCCGCCGAGCGCCAGCCUGGAGAAGCGCAGACCCGUCCCGGGGACGAAACCGCCGCUGACGGCAAUAAACCCAGAGCAGCGAAACCGGCAGCCGGGGUGGCCUGGGCUUCUCGUCCCCGCGCCUGGGUUACGGCCAGCAGUGAGCCUGCGAGUCGGGGAGCGGGCGGUUCGGUCACGUCGCUCAGUCCGACGGAGAAACGUGCUGCGCCGACUUUGCUGUAAGAACAGUGAGGUCUCAGCUCACCAAGCCAAACCUGGGGGGGAUCUCCUGAAUUUGGCCAAAAGAAACCAAAGAACACCUUCUUUCACCAGGCUGUUCCAGCCACGAGCAAAGUAUUGUUUGUAGGGAAUGAAAAAACACAUUUCACUUGUGGUACUGGAAAACUGAGUUAGCAAUUGGGGCCGAAACUCGCCCGUUGCGUUGCCUGCUCAGGAGAACCAAACGCGCUGCUAGGAAACACUUCUUGCAACUCUUGGUGAGCUCGUGCCCACCUUCAGUACGCAACCUUCCCUCUGUUAACGCAUGCCUAGGUAUUACAGACCCUUUCUGUGCUUCAGUACAAAAUAUCCCCCAGAUAUUGCGGGUUAGCAGGUGGCUGGGUAGGUCAAAAGCGAGCGCCUGAGCUAAAGGUGCCCCGCGCUCAGAGGUGCCGUGAGCGCCGGGGAGUUCGUGUGCCGCUGAUGCGGCGGCUGCAGCACCAGCGCAUCCAGCUCCAGCUCCCGGAGCUGAUCCCACUUCCGUGACUGUUUGACACCUGUGUAAUGCCACCUAUUUUAGCAGAGUUUUGCCUGACUUUCUUCAGUGCAGAAGCAAUACUGAGCUCUGCAGCACAUAAAAGUCGGGCUACUUGUCUUAAAGCCGUGAGACACCAACCUACGAGCGCUGCGGGAGCUACGAUGCUGGUGGACAUCCCGUAACGGCACUGGUUUCAUCACUGGGGGAGGAUCUGGCCCAUGCUACUCUCUUAGGCUAUGUGUUUUACCCCCCAGCCCUCCUCCGAACGCUGGGCUCCUCCGUACAAAUGUCACUGCUUUCAGUCGUACUCGCACGGAGAACUUGGGCCAGAAUAAGAUCGAGGAAGACCGGGAAGACGCCAACCAGACGGAGACCUCCGAGCGCUUCACUCUCUUUCUUCGCGGUCUGAUUUUAGUGCAGAAGUUACUGUCCACGCGACGCAGACAAAAUCAUAAAUGAAGUGGAUUAGGAGCUUACAGCGUCAUGGAGAAAAGCCACCCUCCUAAUCCCGGCCAGGGCCGUAAUCUGCCAGGCUUUCCCGAUUUACCUCCUUCCCUGUUUUAACCCUGAACUCUCGAUGCCCCUGGAGGAGCCCAUCGCCGCCCCGUUGCCCAUUGGCGGAGGAGGGAUUUGCCGGGUACUUAAAGGGCAGGGCCUCGUCUGGGGGGGGUUGUGCUUUGGAAUCUGCCUCGGGAGAGGCGUCGUCCGUGCCCGUGGCCCCAGCGCUGCCCGGGACAGCCCGCGCGCCGGCUGCUCUGUGGCUUCCCGACAUGCGGAUCCCUGCAGCGCUGGGGACGCCUGGGCUCUAAAGGCAAGAAGUAGAAUCAAAAAAAAGUCCCCAAGCUUCCGAAAACGCCCCCAGAAGUUCCCGUUUUGCUGAAAAGCGACCCGUGCUUUGUGCGGGAAUGGGGAACAUGGACGGGAAGGCGGUGGAGGAGCUGAGUGCCACCGAGUGCCACCAGUGGUACAAGAAGUUCAUGACGGAGUGUCCCUCCGGCCAGCUCACCCUCUACGAGUUCAAACAGUUUUUUGGCUUGAAAAACCUGAGUCCGGCAGCGAACAAAUACGUUGAGCAAAUGUUUGAGACAUUCGACUUCAAUAAGGACGGCUACAUCGACUUCAUGGAGUACGUGGCCGCUCUGAGCCUGGUGCUGAAAGGGAAGGUGGACCAGAAGCUGAGGUGGUACUUCAAGCUCUACGACGUGGACGGGAACGGCUGCAUCGACAGGGGAGAACUGCUAAAUAUCAUCAAGGCUAUUCGUGCUAUCAACCAGUGCAACGACACGAUGACAGCCGAGGAAUUCACCAACAUGGUGUUUGACAAAAUUGAUAUUAACGGAGAUGGCGAGCUCUCGCUGGAGGAGUUCAUGGAGGGCGUGCAGAAGGACGAGGUGCUGCUCGACAUCCUCACCCGCAGCCUGGACCUGACCCACAUCGUCCAGCUGAUCCAGAAUGACGGGAAGAUCCCGCAGAGCCCGGAGCAGGCGGAGGCGGCUGCCGAGUAGGCUCCCGGGACACGGGCGCUUCGUCUUCGCUUUUUCCCCCUAACGUUAUUAAGAAGAAACAGGCCGUGGUCACGGGAGCUGCCCCAGCCCCGGCGUGAUAAGGCAUUAGAGCAUCCCGCUAGCGCAGGGUCGUGAUCUCCAUGGUCUCCUCCAGAGAGGAGGACCUCGCUCCCGGGGCGGGCGCAGCUCAGGAUGAGGCCGAUGCACGCUGGACCCGGGCUGGUCCUAGAGGGCAGAGAUGAGAGACCAGGGACUCCCCGAGGAAGCAGGAGCUGCCGCGGCGGCUCCAGAAACGCACGGCAGCCCUGGGGCCGGCGCGCGGGGGACCCGGACGGUGCCGCGAGGGCCCUGUGCUGUGCGGGUGCCUCCGAAAACUGCUGCCGGGCGGGGAGGGCGGUGGGGAGGACGCCCGCGAGAGCGGACAGCCGGAGCGCAGGGAGCCGGGGGUUUAGGAGAGCAGCGAGGGUCCACGCCGGGCUGGCGGCCGGCACCGGAGGCUGCGCGAUGUGCGAGUCCUGCCGGCGGGGAGACCCUCCGCUCCUCCGGGGAGAGCCAGGUUGGGUGCAGACUUGGCACAAACGGUGAAAUAAAUUGUUAAUCUGUCUGCAAAGGCCUGUGUUGACCCUCUGCACAGAAAAUAAGGAGUAAGAGCAACAGCAAAUACGCACGAACGAUGCAGGAGGCACUGCUGGGUCUGCACAGCCUUUGCUUGAAAUUCGUGGUUUCCUGCUCGUGGCAUCAGCGUGGAGGCCAGGCUUGACAGGGCUGUCUGAAGCAAAUAAGCAAUAACGGUAAAAUCCGGCUCUGCAUGGGUGUCCGUAAAAAGGCUCUUGGCAGGACUGAAAUGCUCCACACAAAGCUGAAAUGACAGAUGAGACCCUGUGAACCCUCUGCAGGAAUUUGUCCCUGGGGACAAACUGCAUCCUACCCGCGCAGGAGGACACGCACAUUGCAGACAAGUCCGUGGGUGCACAGGGCAAAAGGAAACAGUGUCAUGUUUCGGGAAGGUUUUCCAGAUGGUAGUGACACUUUCUCCUUCAGAGAAAAAUGACAUGUGUACCCCCGAAAAGCCCCCCGGGCCACGCAGCGACCAGGCAGCCGGAGCAGCCGUUACGGGCACGGCCGUAGUCUGCGUCUGGCAGGGAGACGAGAGGGCCGUGGCCCGUCGCCGUGAGCUGUGCGUCCCAGCACGUGGCACCAGCCGCGGGGCGAGCACGGCCGUGGGGCGAGCAGGGCCGUGGGGCAGGCAGCCGGUGCCCCGCUCCGGUCUCGCCCAAACCAGGGAAACAGCCUUGGCGUAGCUCACGCAAAAAGCUGCAACGUCUGCCGAGGCCCCGGCGACUCGCAGGGAGAGAAGGUCCCAAAAGCGAAUGCAAAACCCAGGGAUCAGAUCCGAACCUUCUCUGUCUGUGCACAUUCCCAGGGCAUCCUCAGUAUUUUCCCAAAAAGCAAAUGAGAUCAGUAAUUUUGGUCACUCAUUCUUUGAUUUGUUGCUAUUGUGUAAACAGCCUCUAGUGAUGAUAUAGAUAAAAACAUCAGUGAGCUGGAAAAAGAGGCGUAGCGAGUGCAGUGGUUUUUCUUUGCUUUCUUUUAAAGCAUUAGAAACAUAAAAUGGUGCCUUUUUUUUAACUGCUGUCUGAACCAGGCAAGCAACGUCAGGGGUCUGUUUCUCCGGGAAAGGGCGGCAGCGGCAGGAACCUGAAAGGGAGCAGUUUUGUGUGUGCUCGCAGGAGUAUUCCUGCGUGUCUUAUCACCUGCACAACAAAUUUCUUGUCUACUCGUGCGAGUUACCCUCCCGGGCACCCGCCGUGCUGGGCCGUGCCGUGCCGGGGGGCUGCAGCUCCCGGGAGCGCUGCGGGACACCGGGGAGCGUUCCUGGCCCGGCCGGUGACUUGCUCCUCAGCGCUGGAUGCUAGCAACCCAUGAGCGACUUUCUGGUCACUUUUUUCCCAUCGGCUUUUGUACUCCUGAUCUUCUAGUGAACUAAUAAAAGAUGUUUUACAAGAUUA